GGGAGAGGGUACUGCCCCGGCCCCCUGCCCGCUCCCCUCCCUGCCGCGCGUGCUGAGUAUCGCGGGGUCGGACUCGGGCGGUGGAGCGGGCAUCCAGGCGGAUAUCAAGUCGCUUCUCUCCCGCGGCGUGUUCGCCAUGACCGCCGUGACCGCCCUGACGGCGCAAAACACACACGGGGUGGCGGCCGUGCUGCCCACCCCGCCCGACAUGCUGGUGCAGCAGAUCGACGCGGUGCUGGGAGACCUGGGUGCCGACGCGGUUAAGACCGGCAUGCUCCCCAGCCCCGAGGCGGUGGCGGCGGUGGCGGGUCGGCUGGCGCACUGGCAGGGGCUGGCUGCCCCCCUGCCGCUGGUGGUGGACCCCGUGUUGGUGAGCACCAGCGGACACAGCCUGGC